CACGACACAACGAACAUCUCCCUCGACCACCAGCAACCGUCCCCCAUCGACGCCAAUAUGGUCGAAAAGCGCCCACACCCUGGCGACCACGGCGUCGCAAACGGCAGCAACAAGCGUCUGGCGACCAAAGCAACUGCCCAGGAUGCUCUCGCGGCCGCUAAAGCCAGGGCUGCUGAAAUCGCGGCUGCGAUGCAGGCGAAGAAAGCUGCUGCCCGCCCCGCUACCAAUGGAGCAUCUCUAUCGCCUGCACAGAAUGCCUCUGCAACGCCCCCCCCGCCGAAUCAGUCUCCACUGUCCGGCCCCCCCGCGGACAAGCUUGCUGCCAUGAAGGCGCGCAUCGCUGCUCUGAAAGGCACAUCUACGCCUCCGGCCUCGACUGACGCGCCUCCAGUUCGCCCGCCCGCGUCGAGUACCCCGCCUAUUUCCCGCCCAUCCCUAGAACCAGGCCUCGAAGAGUCGCGCAGGAGAGGAGACGAUGGUCGGUCAAAGAAGAGGGAGCCCAUGGCCCCUCGAUUCGCCACCACUCUAGCCAACCGACGGACCGACUCCCCUAUAUCCGAGAAGAAGGAGACUGAGCAUGCUGGACCGGAUACGGAGGAGACUAAGGAGAAUCCGUACUUUGAUCCCCACUAUCGUCCAACCAAGCGCGACCGAUUGCCCCGUGCCUUGGUGUUCAACCAGAGAGGCAAAUAUCUUGCCCAGGCUAGCAAGAUGCGCCAGCAGGAGAGGCUGGAGCAGAUCAAAAAGCAGAUCUCCAAGCAGGCGCGCCAAGCAGGACUGGACGAAAACACCGAGCGCGGUUUCCUCGUUCAGCGACCGCCGGAUGUUGAAUGGUGGGAUGAAGGACUGCUGGAAGAGAAGAGUUACAAUUGCAUUGACGAUCCGACCAAGGUUAAGAUCGACGGGGAUGACUCUCUCAUCACUAACUACAUUCAACACCCCGUCAUCUUGAAGGCACCGCAGGAUCAACUCCUUGUCCAAGUGAAGCCUAUGUAUCUCACUACGAAGGAGCAAGCCAAGGUCCGAAGGAUGCGUCGCGCCGCCGACCUUAAAGAACAUCAGGCAAAGAUCCGUCUGGGUCUCGAGCCUCCACCACCGCCAAAGGUCAAACGCGGCAACAUGAUGCGCGUAAUGGGUGAACAGGCUAUUGCUGAUCCAACGGCUGUCGAGAUGCUGGUUGAGAAGCAGAUCCAGGAACGCCAUGACACCCAUGUCAAAUCUAAUGAGGAACGGAAACUAACCAAAGAUGAACGUCACGCAAAGCUCACUGAGAACCAGCAAAAGGAUGCCAAGAAAGGACUCCAUAUGUGUGUUUUCAAGAUUGAGACCCUUUCCUUUGGCAAACACCGAUACCUGAUAGAUCACAAUGCGAAAGAGCAUAGCUUUACUGGCAUCACCAUAUUCAAUCCAAACUUGAAUCUGGUGAUUGUGGAGGGGGGUCUUCAUUCCAUGCAAAAAUACAAGAAACUGCUGCUCCACCGAAUCAAAUGGAGUGAGAACGCCCUACCAACGGAGAAGCAGGCCGAGAAGCAACAAGGCAAUCCUCCCUGGAUGAAAUCGGUUGACGACGACGACAAUUUGAAAGACCUUUCGUACAAUAAGUGUUCGCUCAUUUUUGAAGGUCAACUCAAGCAACGAGCCUUCCGCAAGUGGGGAGAGAAGAUUUGCGAAACGGAUGGUGAGGCGAAGGAGGUUCUUGCCCGGUCCAAGCUGGACAGCUUGUGGGCGCUCGCUAAGAGCUCUGAUUGAGGAUUACACCGUCGUCACCAUUAUCCUUCACAGUGUGAACGCCUCUCUUCAGGAGAUUCAUCGCCACAAAGCCCCUAUAAGUUUACCGAUCAUUGUCAUCGAGGAAUCACAAUGCUUGAUUCUACCACUCAUGGCAUGAUUUACCGAUUCCUAGAUACCAAUCACCACAAAUUGUACACCAAGGGGGACAUCGGAUUUGGGAACAUGUUGAAUACCAUUUCGCUCGGCGAAGCGCAAGCCUGUAAGGCGUUUAUCUGGAACUUGCUACUGAGGCUCGGAGGACUCUCUUCUGGAUGUAAGUUUUACUCAAUCAUAGUACAAGAGACGCC